CUUUCAUUAUCUAACCUAUAUUACCUUUUUCUCAGCCAUUUUUGCAGCCAUGCCCAGCUCUAGAGCCUCGGAAAACAAAAUCCAGAUGGGUUCGUCUCUUCUUCAAAGCAACCCAUCUUCUUUGGGUGAGAGAAGAGGAAGAAGAAAGCAAGGAGAAGCAGGAAGGUUUCUGGGGGUGAGAAGAAGACCAUGGGGAAGAUAUGCUGCAGAAAUUAGGGACCCCACAACUAAAGAAAGACACUGGCUUGGCACUUUUGAUACUGCCCAAGAAGCUGCUUUGGCUUAUGACAGAGCUGCUUUGUCCAUGAAAGGAAGCCAAGCAAGAACCAACUUCGUAUACACUGACAAUACAACCUUUGACACGACUCUUCUUUGUCCCUUUGAUGUUCAGCUUCAGUCACUCUUUAACACUACCCAGAUGAAACCCUCAACCAAUCAGAACAGUCCACCUCAGCUUUCUGAAACUUAUUCCCAGGCUGGGACUAAUGCUGCAAGUGAUUCUUCUUCAGCUCAGGUGGGUGAUAACUUAUUCUUCUUCUCCAAUGGUGAUUCUAAAUCAGGUUACCUGGAAUGCAUAGUUCCUGAUGUCUGUUUCAGACCUUCAUCUUCUUUUUCCAAUGAAAGCAGCAGCCUGAACUCCAUAGAAAGCAAUAGUGCCUUAAUUCCACUUGCUGACACAAAUGCCAAAAAGAUAUCUCAAGAAUCUGUGACAAACAUGGCCUCAAGCUUUGGAGAUUUCUCUUAUCCAAAUGAAUUUGAUCAAGAAACAAUCUGGGAUUGGAGCUGCAGUGAACUUGCUGCUAUAUUUAACAGUCCAUUAAAGGUUGAAGAUACAGACAGUUCAAGCCGUGGGAUAAUUUCCCAGGCUGCGACUACUUCAUCAACCACCUAUGCCCCAUCACUUCCUUCGUUUGAUGUUGAUUUGGCUUACACACUCUUCUGAACAGCUCUGGUUGAUCAUCUUAAUGUUGGAAUAAACCCUUGUUUUGGCCAAUAUGAUCUAAUUGUCGGUUGUAUCAGUUUAAUUACUACUUGAAAGUGAGAUAUAUACUACCUCUUGUCAUGAUCGUAUAGUAUCAAAUGGAAGUUGGAAUUAUAAGAUCAAACUUUCAAGUGGUACAAAAAUAGAUCCUUGAAAGAAUCAAGGAAUAUAUAUUGGAACCAUGAAAAUGGGAGUAUUUUUAACUGUCAUAUUUUAUCUAGUAAAGCCAUUGGCUAUUAGCUUUGCCCGUAUGUGUACUUGCAUGCACUUGAACCUUUUUGGUU